AUGUCCCACUCCAGAGCUAACAACGAUAGUGCCGAUCUGGAGCACCUCGAACUCACCGAGGACAUCGUCGCCUCCUCUCCAGACGAAUCCCGUCUCGACCCUCCACCUAUCCACACCGAUCCUCGACGGGUCUCGAUCAACUCGGUCGAUUCGGCCUCUUCCAACACAACCGUCAAAUACCACCCUCACCCUCCCCAGGCCUCAGAGCCCUCGUCUUCGUCUUACGCCAGACCGGCAGCCUCCCUUCGGCUCUCCUCGAGCGGAUCAAUUGCUUCGGCUGCUCGACGACCAAAGUCGUCCCCUUCUUAUAGACAUUCCACAGCAGGACCGUCCACUUCGACCCAGACAAGUCGACGACGACGCUCGCACGCUGGGAGACCAGGAUCGACUCGAUCUUCUGUUCGUCAUCGAAACCGUUCAUCGGAUAUUGAGGAAGAGACCUCGGAGAACGACUCGGAUGACCGUGUUGAAUCUAGAUCCAGCUACAGCAACCUCCGCCGCGGUGACUCGAGACGAUCCGUUCGCCUUCACACGGAGGACGAGGCGGAUGGUCGGUCGUUUGAUGAACAAGGAAGAUAUUCUGCCGGCGGACACUCGGGGGAUGACCAUGACGAUGACGAGGAUAGCGAUAUCGAGCCCGUGACGCUGAAGGACCGCCAGGAGACCCUCAACCAGACCCAUCCUUUCGGUCUGCCCCUUUGGAAGCCCGCCCUGUACAAAAAGUCGCGCUCUGUCACCCGCAAGGCUGACUCAGCCCUUCACUCCCAACCAUCCUCGGAUCUCUAUCUAUCUGUGGGCAACCUCCUCUGGACCUUGGUCUUUGGUUGGUGGCUCGCUUUGGUCUGUUUCCUGGUCGCCAUCGUCCUCUUCUUCAUACCCUUUGGCGGAAGCGACUAUGGUCAGGUCGUCUUGGGUCUGAGUUACUAUCUGCUGUGGCCCUUUGGACAAUAUGUUGAACGUGAACUCAACCCUGGAGAAAUGGGGACCACCGGCCUUCAUGGAGCGAAUGCAUCGGGUGUCAGUGGGCAUAGUUAUAGAGGUCAAUCCAACGGUCAUGGACAUGUCAACGACAGUACUAAUGGCAACGGAUAUGGCGUUGGCAGCGGCAGCGGGAACGGACGACUCAGUUACGUCUCACCCUCUGAAGAAUCUCGCCCAUUACUACCCCGCAGUAGCUCUACAUACGAAAGGGAGCGCGAGCGACAACGUGUCCCUCUCUCUACAACCAUCAAGAACCUUCCCCGUACUUUGCAUCAACUGGGACUCGGUGGCAUCGUCUACUAUGGCUUUUACUUUACCAUCAUCGGCCCACUGCAUCUUUUUGUCUCGUGCAUUUGCUGGUUCAUGGUUGUGUCCAUCCCCAUGGGGAAGUUGACGUACGUCCUGGCAACCCACCUUCGUCAACAUCCAUUGCAACUUCACUUCAAGCGUGGAAGCUCCUUGGCUCUAUCAGCACAGCACUCGGAAAUUCUCCUUUGCACAUACGACGCCAUCGGUUUCCAGUACUACAAGUACACCUAUGAUGGCACCAACAUCAUCUUCAUCAACCUGAUGCCUGUCGUCUUCUUCACCAUCUUUGACGAGUACGUGCUGACUCACGUUUUGGGUCACGACUCGAAACUCACAUCGCCUACUGUGAUCUUUUCUUUGGGAUUGACAUCUGUCAUACCCCUCUCGUACUUUAUUGGAAUGGCCGUCUCGUCGAUCUCUGCUCAGUCGUCUUUGGGCAUGGGUGCCGUCAUCAACGCAACUUUUGGCUCCAUCAUCGAAAUCAUCCUGUACUCUGUUGCUCUGACGCAAGGAAAGGGCUUGAUCACAGAGGGGGCUUUGAUUGGAAGUUUCUUGGCCGGUCUGCUGCUCAUGCCUGGAUUCAGUGUCACUGCCACGAUGCUGAUCAUGUCGCUUAUCGGAGUCCUGACACCUACCCUUUUCUAUACAAUCUACGGACGGUUUGAGCUCCGCUGCACACCUUGCCCUGAAUCCGUUAUGGCCGCAGGCGAAAUCUCAUGCCAGCGAUGCUUCCAUCACCAGCCCAACCCGACCAACGACGCUUUUUUCCAAAAGAACGUAAAGCCGCUCAUGUACUUUUGCUGCAUCAUCCUCCCCUCUGCCUACCUCAUCGGGAUCUGGUUCUCACUCCGCACCCACGUCAAGCAGAUCUGGCAUGAGCCCCAGCCCCGUUCAGUCCGCGACUCGUCAAUCUACAAGAAGUUGUUGCCUAUCCAUAUUCUGCAGCAGUUGCUCCACUACGGAACUGGAAACAACAUCCACGCUGCCGCCACCAACAACAGUAACAGACCGCUCUCGGGAGAGGAGGCUGCAGAGAUGGGACGGUUCGCGCCUGCUGAUGCUGGAUACUCGACCUCGAACUACCAGUCGACAGGAGUCCAUGGCGGACUCAACGAGAGACAUCCUCAGACGGCACCUGAUGCACAUGGCGCUGGAGGUGCAAUCCAUCCAGCCGCACAGGGCUUGCUUAACUCUUUGAAUGUCGCGCCUGACGCCCUCAAGAGCGACCACGGCGAUGAUGAGGAGGAAGACGAUGAAGCGCACGGAGGCCACGACUCGCCCAAUUGGUCCAAGGCCAAGAGUGCAACCGUUCUUAUGGGAUGCACCGUCCUCUACUCCAUCAUUGCAGAAAUCCUGGUUGACAGUGUGGAUGCCGUGUCGUCCAUCGAUGAGAAGCUUCUGGGUUUGACUCUCUUUGCCCUGGUGCCCAACGUGACCGAGUUCAUGAACGCCAUCUCCUUCGCAAUGUACGGUAACAUUGCACUCUCCAUGGAAAUCGGAUCCGCCUAUGCGCUCCAAGUCUGUCUAAUCCAGAUCCCGGCCAUGGUCGCCGUCUCUGUCUGGUUGAACCGUGGAGUCGCCACACAGCUCUGGAACCAUACCUUCAACCUAGUCUUCCCUCGCUGGGACGUCUUUUCGAUGUUGUUCUCGGUCUUUUUGUUGACCUAUACUUAUAUUGAGGGAAAGAGUAACUACUUCAAGGGAAGUAUCUUGAUCCUGAGUUAUUUUGUCCUCAUGGCUGGCUUCUAUUACGCGCCUCUUACACCUGGCAGUGGUGAUGUUGAUUUCUUGUAG